GUGGAGAGUUUCCUUACGGCACCACCGAGUAACGGCUUCACAACAUCUUGCUCUCCUGUGCUUUGUGCCAGUUUCUUAACUUUUUGAGGAGCAAACAGACAUGGUGGUGCUGAGGUUAACCGUGUUACUCCAGGGGCUGCUCCUCGCAGCACGAUGUGAGGUCAGAGCCAGAGACCCGGGGGUAGAGGAGGAGGACGACUUGAAGGACAUUUCGGAUGAUGGUGGAUGGGACCAUGGAGUUCCACUGGUAGGGUUUGGAGCACCUCAUCAUGGUCAAGGACUAAACAGCCAGAGCCCUGAUGUCUAUGGAGCAGUCAACCAUCCUCUGGGUCAUGGACACCAGGAUCCCAGCCGUGGACAUCUUUCUCCGAAUGUGCCUGAGGCAACAUCGGCUACAAGUGAGACCAAGGGCUCUCUACCACGCACUGGGAAUUGGUGUGCAUUUGUUCAAAAGCGUGCUGUUACUGUGGCAGUAUCCUGUGGAACUGAGAAGUAUACUAUCAAGUCCCAGAGUCCCUGUCCUAACGGCACCCCAGACUGCCAGCUAGUCAUGUACAAGCUGUCUACUCGGCCAGUGUACAGAGAGAUGCAGAAAAUCUUCACUGCACUGCUGUGGCGAUGCUGCCCUGGGCAUGCUGGGAAAAACUGUGAGGAGACAGUUACAGAAGGCCAAAUCUCGGAGUCUGAGUCUCAAGACCCCACCAUGGCACGCAGACCAUAUCCGGGAGGACAUGAAACGACAGACACACGAUAUAACAAACUAACUCAAGAGAACAGAGAGCAGAAUGAUUUCCAAACAUUUGGCGGUCCACUGUAUGAAGCUCAACUACCUGAUGUAGAGAAUCAAACUGCAACGGAGUCCAUCAAUGAUUAUGAGCCCAGCCCUCAUUCUGACCAUGAGCACCAGAACAGCCACCACUUUGAAAGGAGAGACCCCUAUGCUGUAAAUGAAGGUGUUCCUUACCCUGACUUAUCUUACGCUCACUACGGGCUCCUGCCGAUCUUGAAAGAAGCUGUGAUGUCUCAGCUGCAGCCUGUGUUGGAGAAUUUCAAUCUAACCCUGGAACGGCUCUUUCAGGAGGUGCAGGGUUUGCAGCGGGACAUGGCCGAACUCCGACAUGAUCAGGGGCAGGGAAGGGUCGCUGAGCCUCUAGAGGUUGGUGGUGAAGAGCACAAUCUGCAGGAGGCUGUUGAGGAUAAGGUGAGGGAGAGUUUACAGAAACUGGAGGAGGUAAAAUCUCAGUUUCACAACCAUCGCCAUGAGGUAGAAGAGAGGCUCCACGCACAGCAAACCAUGCUGCACUACAACCUAACAAAUUUCAAGAUGGACAUAGACAUCAAAAUCAAACGUCACCAAAAGAUGUUGCAGGUAAAUCUCCAGUCUCUGAACACAUCAAUGUCUGAAGUGAUACAGGAGCAAGAGAGGCUGGACGAGAAAUUUCAGAAGAUUCGGCCUGAAAAUAAGGUUGACUCCACACAGAGUCAGUCUCUUGAUAGCACAGCUGUAUGGGAGGCCAUCACGCGUCUGGACAAUAAAGUCAUUAACAACACAGUUAGACUUAGUACCUUGAUUGAAGGCAAUGAACAAGUGACUGCAAAUAUCAAUAACCUCCAGGAUAGUUGGUCAGAUCUGGACAACAAAAUAGUCCAGACUGGCCGCAACAGUCAGGUUCAGUUUAUGGAGACUGGUUUGGAGGUGGAGGCAGCGAAGGUUGCGGUACUUGACCGUAUUAAUGAGCUGAGCAGCAACAUCAGUGUUCUCCAGAGUGCUCUGCAGGAGAUGGAAACCGAUGUUGAUUAUCUUUACACAGAGUAUUAUAAGAAUAUAAGUUCAGCAAGUGGGGAAUGUGACUGUAUCGCUCUUGGAGUAUCUGUGACCCAGUUGGAACAAAGUGUAGCUAAUGUGAUGGAGAUUGUGAAUGAAAACAAGCUGGACUGGGAGCGUAAGGCACAGGAUAUGUUAGACAAUCGGGACAAUAGUGCUUGGGUUCCAUCCGUGGAAGAUCUCAAACUGGGGUUAUUGAAUGUGCAACAGUCCCUUGCUUUUGAGCAGGAAAAGAGCAGAAUGUUACAACACAAUGUGACCCAGCUCCAGGCCUCUUUCCAGGACAAAGAGCAGGACAUUGAAAAACUCCAGGAGCUGGACAGGGCCAAGGUUGAGAAGAUUGAGCACUUACAUAGCAUUUUUAACACCUUGCUUCAGGAUGCGGUUCGUCACUCUGAGGUGCUAGAGAUUUUGCUUGGCGAAGAGGUGCUGGAGUUCAUGGAGUGGUCUCAUCAAGACCAGAGACGUUACUCUAUACCAGAAUUGAGGGAAAGUAUUAGAUCCAUGCAAGAGCAGAUCAAUGGACACAGCCUCAGCUUAGCCUCAAUGGUGAACUCAGCUACCCCUCAGGUGACAGCAGCAGAUGAGCCCUCUGUGCUUGGAGACUGGGCCUCGGUGGGCGUCAAAAGGAGACGUGGGGAUGAAAAAUUGGACCUUUUCGGGGAACAGCCGGAGUACUCUGAUGAUGACUUCUGGACUUUAGAGAAAACAGUAAAAGAGCUUCAAGCUCACAUCAAAAAGCUUGAGGAACAUCGUUGUCCUUGCUGCAACUGCAAUAAAUCUGCUGCCGCUGGUGGUGUGGAGGUGGAACUGCAGGCCAAGGUGGAUACUUUGCGUAAGGACCUAGAGACCCACCUUGGAGUUUUUAACGGCAUUUUCAGUAACACAGAGGGACUUGCUGACUCUGAGGUGUCGGUGGAUUUGGAUAAAUUGUCAGCUUUGAUAAAGAAAAAGGAAGCAAAGCAACAAAACAAGAAACAAAAGAAGAGAGCAGACAGGGGGGACAGAGUGAAUUUCCGCAGCAAGAGGGAUGCAUCACUGGAGUAUGCAGUGCUUCGUCAACUACCAGAUAGUCCAAUUAUGUUCCUAGCCAGCAGUACACUUGGUACUAAUGGAUCUGGCACAAUCCUUUUUGAAAGCGUGGCCCUAAAUCAUGGACAGUUAUACUCACCAAAAACAGGCAUAUUCCGUGCUCCUACUUCUGGUGCCUAUCUCUUUGUGGUGACACUGGACUUUGGACCAGGCCCGGCUGUGGCUCAACUAAAGAGAGGUGAAGAGGUAGCUGCCUCCUUACGGCAGAACCCAAGGAAGUUGGGUGCACCUGCAACACGUGUCUGUAUCCUGGAGAUGGACCAAGGAGAGGAACUCCGUCUUGACCUGGUGCAGGGAACCAUAGAGCGCAACAACCCACAAGAUAACACAUUUGCUGGCCUACUAAUGCUGCAGACCACCUGAGAACAUGAAACCCUCUAAAGGUGCAAAAAGACUGAAAGAAACUUAAGUUGCACUGCCCAGUUAUUGAGGCAUUGUUUGCAAGUACAAAGAUUUAAAUGAUGUGGCCCUUUUUUGGUGGGAUAUCAGAACUCUUACAUUUGUCUUCAAUGUGACAACUACAUUAUAUUCCUCAAAUUCCUCUGUGCCCUAAAUAGAUUACAAGAUAUUGUACAUUUUCUGUAAAAUAUAAGACACAUCAAAACCACAGAUAACAAUUGCGUACUAAAAUUAUAUUUCUUAAAAGAUUACAUGGCGAAAUAUUAUACAUAUAUAAGGGUGCUUAUAUGGCACCCUUUCAACAUGUGGUUAAAUAAAACAAAAACAUUUUUACAAAUUAAACACUAAAGACUUUUUAAUAUAAUACACAGAGGUGGACUGGGUGAUACUAUGGUAAAGCACACUGACAUAUCUACAGGCAUAUAUCACGUCCUAUCAACAUACUUCAUAGCUCUGUCUAUGGUGAGGUGUGUUGUCGGUUUUCGGGGGAAAAGAACAAAAGCCAUUGGGGAUGGACACAAAACCAUUGGAAGAAUCACAAUGAGAGUAUUUCUCUUUCUUUAUAGCAAACAAAUGCUAACUUGAUGGACCAUUUGAAACUUCCUUUUCAGCCAAACAAAUGCAUUUGAUAUAGAGAAGUUUCACAAAUUAAAUUUGAUAUUACCUGCAUAGUAAAAACUGAAAAUGUAUUUCCAUAUACACUAAAUUUAAUGUUUCUCUAGCAUAUUGUACUGUAUGUUGAAGUUAACCGCACUGAGGUGAGUGUUUCGUUUCUUAGAUCUAUUAUUUAUUUUCAGAAUAUUUUAAAUUGUUUUAUAAGCAUGUCAGUAACCUUGACAUUUUGUUUUAAUCAAGAUGCCCUUUUGGCAUUUCAGGGCAUACUGUACUAAAAUCGUGACAAAGCACCUUAGUCUGGCACUGACAUUAUUAAAGCAUUGUACAAUCACACUUCCUGUCUUUAAGGGCCCAGAUAUUGCUGUAUAGAGCUAUUGUGAAUUGUUGUUUUGUUACUAUUAACAAAUCACGCUGUUUUUUUCAAUGGCACUAAGAAUAAUAAACAAGGUUUCUGGGAUACAAUGCAUUUUGUAAAGGAAUAAUAUAAUUAAAUCUGCACGGGAGUUCUGUAAACAUGUUAUGUAACAAUAAUGUGUAUUUUGGACUAUACCAGUUACCAAGACCAUAUUUUGGCAGCCCCAAGUGAAAUAUUAGGCAAUGAUGACUAACAGAUGUUACCUACAGUCAUACCCUUCAACUUCAGGCACCUCAAAAACAUUAAGUGUUCAAAACAUGAUUAUUAAAAUUGGCAAAGACAUAC